UGCUUGGAAACUUCGGCGGCGCGGCGACCGGCCAGCUUCAGCCCGGGAACUUUUCUUUGCUGUUGGAAGGAGGAGAGAAGGGGUGCACGAAUCCCCACUUGUGCUCUGCCUUUCCCUCCUCCUCCUCUGCAAGCCGCCUUCUCCCACUUGGAGCGGGCCCUGCGGCGCUGGCCACCCCGCGCCCUCCACAGUGCUCGCCGCUGCAACCGGGGGACGCGCCAGCCUCCCUGGGAGCAGCUCGCUCCGCGCCCCGGCCGCCGAGGGGAGAGGAGCUCGCACCUCGCGUCCCCGAGCCGCCGCGGCUGCUCGCCUUUCCCGGCCACCCGCCCCCUGCCCCGGGCUCGCGCAUGAAUCUCCUGGACCCCUUUAUGAAGAUGACCGACGAGCAGGAGAAGGGCCUCUCCGGCGCCCCCAGCCCCACCAUGUCCGAGGACUCGGCAGGCUCGCCCUGCCCCUCGGGCUCCGGCUCGGACACGGAGAACACGAGGCCCCAGGAGAACACGUUCCCCAAGGGCGAGCCCGACCUGAAAAAGGAGAGCGAGGAGGACAAGUUCCCCGUGUGCAUCCGCGAGGCCGUCAGCCAGGUGCUCAAGGGCUACGACUGGACGCUGGUGCCCAUGCCCGUGCGCGUCAACGGCUCCAGCAAGAACAAGCCGCACGUCAAGCGGCCCAUGAACGCCUUCAUGGUGUGGGCGCAGGCGGCGCGCAGGAAGCUGGCCGACCAGUACCCGCACCUGCACAACGCCGAGCUCAGCAAGACACUGGGCAAACUCUGGAGGGCCGCGCACACGCUGACCACGCUGAGCAGCGAGCCGGGCCAGUCGCAGCGAACGCACAUCAAGACGGAGCAGCUGAGCCCCAGCCACUACAGCGAGCAGCAGCAGCACUCCCCGCAACAGAUGGCCUACAGCCCCUUCAACCUCCCGCACUACAGCCCCGCCUACCCGCCCAUCACCCGCUCGCAGUACGACUACAGCGACCACCAGAACUCGGGCUCCUACUACAGCCACGCGGCGGGCCAGGGCUCCGGCCUCUACUCCACCUUCAGCUACAUGAACCCCGCGCAGCGGCCCAUGUACACUCCCAUCGCCGACACCUCCGGGGUCCCCUCCAUCCCGCAGACGCACAGCCCCCAGCACUGGGAACAGCCCGUCUACACACAGCUCACCAGGCCCUGAGGCGAAAGGAUGACAUCACCCGUGCCCACCCCCUCCUUGAUAGAUCCAAGAGCAAGCAAAGAAACCAGCAGUGUCUCCUCGGGACAUUUCCCUCUCUCUCACUCUCUCUUCCUCAAAGACAUUAGCAGGAAAGGCAACUUGUGCACAAACGACAAGAUGGCUUAACAUGACCAAUCCAAGCGCAUGACCCACUUCUUGCGAGUCAGUGGCCUGGCCACUGGGCUAGAUGGACGGACAGAAAAGGGGAGAGACUUGGACAAACAUCCUUCACCCUUCAUGGAGGCUGACGGAACCAGGGCCCGCCCAUUUGCUCAAUCUCUCUGCCUGUUUGGACUUUUGUAAUUAUUUUUUAGCAGUAAUUAAAGAAAAGAGUCCUCUGUGAGGAAUAUUCUCUAUUUUAAAUAUUUUUAGUAUGUACUGUGUAUGAUUCAAUACUGUUUUGAGGGGAUUUCUACAUAUUUUUAGAUUAAAAAAAUAAUAAUGAAAUGCUCUUAUUUUUUCCAACAGCUGAACUACUCUUAGUGAAAGCCUGCGUCCUAGCUUGUUCCUGCAACCAGAGUAUUUUUGUACAGAUUUGCUUUCUCUUUAAAAGAAAAAUGUAUGUGUGCCGGUGUAUUCACACACAUAGACACACACACACACACACACCACAAUGCAAAAAAAAUUGUUACGUAUGAAGUCAGUUGGGAGGUUAGUUUUGUAUAAUCCCUUCGGCUUUGUCUGACCGGAGGAGAAGCCGCCUUAAAAAGAAAAAUAAAAUAAAGACCUUAUUUUCUUUUUUUGCGAAUAUGGAAGUAAAUAGUCUAGAGAAGCAUUUGGUAAGCUUUAUCAUAUAUAUACAUAUGUAUACUUUUUUUUUUUAAGCAAGAGAAACACCUUGAGCCUUAAAACCAUUCUGCUGGAUCUCAAGUUGCUAGAUCCUGUUGGCCUUUGCAUAGUUGUUCCAAUUAGAAGAGAAAUAAAAGGCCAGCCAAAAAAAGCAACAAAGUCUUAUUUGGGGACAGUUUCAGCAGCCAAUGCCCACCCCCAGCCCACUGCCCCCUGGUUGCCUGCCGCCCCGGGGGGCCCAGAUGGGAUGCAGAUGCUGUCACCAGGUGCCUCUCUGGUCACCAGCAGUUAACCUUCAGAGACAUUCCAUAUGCUAAAAUUAUUUAUUUUGUAAGGAGAGGUUUUCAUGGGGGGGUGGGGAAUAAUUCCUUUCCUUAAAAAAUAUUGUUUUUUAAUUCACCUUCUUUUAAAAUAGGUUGUUGGGGCCUUCCUCAAAGGGUAUGAUCCUCUGUUGUUAAAUUAUGUUCCUAACUGUAAGCAGUUUUUGUUUUUUGUUCUUUUAUUUAUCUCUUUAAGCUUUUUUUAUUAUUAUGAAAAACAAGUUUCUUGGGCUUCCUUGUCCUAGAUUUGUACAAAUGCCUUUUUUUGUCCUUCCUUUCCCCUUUUCCAUUUGUUGUUGUUUUUGUGAUUCUUGUUGCAAACAAAACUGGAAACUUGUUUCUCUUUUGUGUGUGUGCAUGUGUGUGCCAACGAGAGAUAGCAAAUGUAGUUCACCACUGAGUUCAGCACAGUUGCUUUCUGCCACAGAGCUGCCCCAAUGGAGUGUGUGUGUGUGUGUGUGUGUACACAUAUGCACGCCACUCUGACACACAAGCACACGCCUGUGCCAUGGACAUUCCCCGUUUUCCCCGGCAUGUUCUCUGAGAGAAAGGGCGGAGAGGAAGGGACAGGGGAGAUGGGGCUGACAGACUGUCCUUACUGCUGUGGCUGGAGAGUUUGAGGGUUGCUUUGAGAGAAAAAAAAAGAGCAAACUUUUUUUGGUUUUUUUUAAUUUAAAAGAAAAGAUAUAUUAACAGUUUUAGAAGUCGGUAGAAUAAAAUCUUAAAGCACUCUUAUAAUAUGGCAACUUUCAAUUUCUGUAUAAAAGCAGAUCAUUU